AUGAAGGACGUGUACUUUGAUGUAACACAGAUUGAAAUCAACUGUGCACUCACUGCUCAUAAAGCGGACGACGUGAGAUUUACUCAAAAGCCUCCGUAUCCUUGGUAUCGACGAAGCCAACUUUGUUUUAGCUGUGUCGUGGUCAAAGUUGAGCCAAGUUUAGACAUUGGAUCGUGGACAUGUGUAUGCAUAAAUACAGGCAUAUCGCGCUUGAAAUCUUUCUAA